AUGUGCUACAAGACCAACUAUGAGCCUUAUUCUCGCGGAAGCAUUGACAGCCGACGCUCGCCCCCGCCAGAUGAGCUGCUGCUCUCACCGUUAGCAACGCUCUACCCGCAUGUCGCUGCCUUACAGGCUCAGUACAAUUCCAGCAGUAGCACAUUCACCGGCUACCAAGAUACGGAAUAUUGGGCCGCAGCCUACACCACACAGCCGCUGGAGCAAGUCACAUCUCGUCGUACCUCGGAUGCUCUACCAUGCCGCUUCGUCUCUAAACUACGUCGCCUUCUCAGCCGCGAUGAGCUGAAGCAGCGCCGGGGAUCCCGAGCGACUGCAUAA